GACCAAAUAUUCUUGUUCUUUGCGUGAAAAGGUUGGAAAGGAAUCGACAAAGUACCGCAGCAAAGAUGGCAGUAAAUUUCUUAAUUAUUUGACCACCAUUCCAGCAAUGUAUUACUCCAGCAAUCAUCGAUAGAAAAGAAAAGAUGUUGACUUAGUUUUACACAGUUGUAGAUAAAGCUGCACAUUAAGGUGCAGCGAAUUUAUUCAAUAAUGCAGAAGAGAAAUUGGGAGAACUUUCCUGGCAGAAACAAAUUUUAUUGCAAUGGGCGGAUUAUUAUGUCAAGCAACAACUACGUUUUUAUGCUAACGCUCAUCCUUAUCGUUGUUACAAGCGGCCUCUUUUUUAUCUUCGACUGCCCAUUUUUAUUUAGAGAGUUGUCUCCUGCAAUACCAAUUAUAGCUGGAUGGCUGUUUAUAAUAGUUAUAGUAACAUUGCUGAAAACAGCCUUCAUGGAUCCUGGAAUAAUUCCAAGAGCUUCAGUUGAAGAGUCUACAUAUAUAGAAAAGACAAUUGAGGCUCCUGUCCAAGAGCCUGGUGUUUAUAGAUCUCCACCAAGAACACAAGAGAUUACUCUGAAAGGCCAACCAAUGAAGCUCAAAUAUUGCUACACUUGCAAAAUAUUUAGGCCUCCAAGGGCUUCCCAUUGCAGUAUGUGUGACAACUGUGUUGAGAGAUUUGAUCAUCACUGUCCUUGGGUAGGCAAUUGUGUUGGCAAAAGAAACUACCGAUAUUUCUAUCUAUUUCUGGUGUCUUUAUCACUGCUGUGUGUGUAUAUAUUUGCAUGUGUCAUCACACAUCUUGUUUUUUUAAGUAGAAGUUCAAGUUCUUUUUUGGAUGCAUUACAAGAAACACCAGCAAGUGCUUUGGUUGCUGUUGUUUGUUUCUUUUCAGUUUGGUCAGUUAUAGGUUUGGCUGGAUUUCAUACUUAUUUAGUCACAUCAAACCUCACAACAAAUGAGGAUAUAAAAGGAACUUGGGCAGCAAAAAGGGGCGAAGCAAAUGAAAAUCCUUAUAGUGCCGGAUCAGUUACAGGAAACUGCCUUGAAAUAAUUUGUGGGCCAGUUCAUCCCAGUUUGAUCAGGCGGAGAGAAUUUUUCGUCCCAGAAGAUCCCUGUACAUAUGGUGCAGUCAAAACAGAGGUUAGGACCCAUCUGUCACCCGCUAACGGAUUAAAUAGCGAUUCAAAGAACAUGGUGCAAAAGGAUAUCCCUGAAGGCUCGAUGUUUGCAGUAAAUCAAAAGCACGUCAAUGCAGAAAGUACGGGCGGCGGCGAGGUAUCACACGGCGUCUCGCAGGAGGAUGAGUGUAAGCAAGAAUUGUUAAGAGCAACCGACUUGCAUCACGAUGACUGUGAAAAAGGCCUUCUGAAGCUAAGCAGUGUCUAGAAGGUUUGUGUUUCUUGUUUGUUACUUCACGGCCUUUGCUGACAAAAGUUUCUGUUGAGUGGAUUCAACGAUUGCCAUGCAGAUCUUUUCAUUGCGGCUGGAGUCAAUUAGGCCUAAUCUGCAAGCAUUGAUGCAGCUAGGCCGAGACCUCAGGGAUGUAUUUUGGGCAGUAGUGACGCGCUGCUUUAUACUAACCAUGCUGAUGUGUUGAAGUGAGUGUAUGUCACUGGCAACCAACUUUAGAAGUAUUUAGUAAUUAGUAGAUAUGAUUUUGAACAGAAUUCGUUUUCUUGUAUUAUGAAAAAAUUACACGCCUUGUCGAAGUUUUCUUAAUGUAAGCGAUUAAAAUGUCAGUUGUUUGUAGCAAUCCAUGCCUCCUUGGAAUUCGAAUGGUAUGCUUUAUCCUAAAACUAACCUUGUUUAUGUCAGGUUCUUUAAUCAUGCCUCAUUGUUUUUAAGUCUGUUACUCUUAAUGGUGGUAGUAAGAUUCUUGUGAAAUUUGGUAUUUUUACGCUCGGUAAUUGAAGUUUAUCAUUAGCUACAUAGUGGUGUAAUGGAACAUGUUUUGGGGAAGGCACGCGCCUAUGUAACACUCAAUAUUUGGCUCAAAGUUUACACUAAUUUUAUCAAGUCCGAAUCUUAAGGUAGAAAUCUAACCUUAUAAUCUUCGAGUAAUGAUAAACUGCUAAAGAAAGUCCAACGAUAUCACUGUUAAUCUUAUCUGCAUUUAUUCGUUGGAUCUACCGUAUUCCUGCGCUAAAGAGGCUAAAACUUUUCAACACUUGAAGAUACUAGGGCCCAUAUCAAUACCCUUUUAAAGAGCUUUUAAAUUCCCACGAGAGCACCCUAGCUAUGCCUUGUCACUAUGGUUUGUUUGCUUUAUAUGUUGUUUUUGCUCGAUGAUGUAUAAAAUGAUGUACUAAUUCAACAUGUCACCUUUAUGCUGUGA